AUCCACCAAGAGAGAAUAAAAAAAACGCCUAAAAUUCCGACCUUUGCAAAACCCCUCAAAUAGGGCCAAUCUUCGCGUAAACCCUACAUCAAAAUCCCAGCUUUGAAUCCAAUGGCCGAUACCAAAAGCCUCAAAGAACCUGCAUUGCCCGUCAAACGAAAGCCUGACGUCACCUCCCAAGACCAAGAAAACGUCCCUAAAUCCCCAAAGCUCCAAGCCAACGACGAAACAAUCCAGGCCAAAGAAGGAAAUUACUCGUCCGAGAAUCACGCUCUCGAACCUUCCGGAAACAACGAAGAACCUGGAAUCGACUCCGAAGACGAAGAAGACGAUGAUGAUGACUAUGAAGAUAGCGACGAUGAGCAUGACGAGGAGGAGGAGAAUGGUAAUGCGGCAGUUGACCGGAAAGGGAAGGGGAUUUUGAUAGAGGAGAAAAAAGAUAACAGCGACGAUGACGCGACUGAUUCCAGUGAUGGCGGGAACAAAUCAGAGGGUGAGAGUGAUUUAUCAGAUGAUCCAUUGGCGGAGGUUGACUUGGAUAAUAUUUUACCGUCAAGGACACGGCGGCGAGUGGUGCCGCCAGGGGUUUAUAUUGCGAAAGAUGUCGGAAACAAUGGUGACGGCGGUGAUAGCGAUGACAGUGACGCUUAAUUUUGGGAGGAGAUUGUAUUUCAGCGGUAUAUCUGUGCUUUAAUUUAGAGAUUAUUGACUGAUUAAAUACAGCUCAUCUUUUAUUUUCUUAAUUGAAAAGUAUGCUUGGUAAUGUUUCCCCCUCGAGAUAGUUUCCUUGUCCUGAGUUCAAACUUUGCGUUUGAAGACUUGAGGCAUUGGACUUGUGGCCUAUUCAGGUUUGUAAUAGAUAUCAUUUUGCAUGGAAAUGGUGCCAAAUUUUUAGUUAAGCUCCCACAAAGUUCAUAGUACUUCUCUAUUGAUACAUGGUUUAAUUGGAAAUUGGAAUUGUUACUUGAUGGAAACAAUUGGUCAAGGUAUCCCUCCUUUUUCUCUUGUCACUUGAUCUGCACCAAGAAAAAUACUUCAUUUGUUUACAUAACAAUUUCUGUGGUCUGACUUUAUCCUACUGGAAUGUCAUGAGCUAAGUUGAUUGAACCAGUUUUUAGUUAGAGUUACAUCCAUACUAGGCACCAAAGGAUCAGGCCUUUGAGUGAUACCUUAGUUAUAUGUGAACUUACCCACCUACUUCAAGUUGCUUCUUGAUUUGUUACCAUCGAAUGUGAAUUGUGAUGAUAAAAACAACCUAUUCAUAAAUAUAAUGCUUGAAACUCCAUUUUUGUAUUGACAUUCAUAAUUCUCCUUCAGCAAAUUGAAUUGUGGAUAUACUAGGUAUCAUAGUAGUAGGAACGUUUUUCCUUUUAGAGUCAUAGAACUAAUUUUGUUUGAUAGAACCACUCUGUGUGGCAUUGCAAUGUUUCUUCAUCUCCCUCAACUCCAUAUGAAACUUCCUGUUCAUGUCAAAGGGUAGACUCUUCUUGGCUGAUCUUAUGGCAAGAAAACUCUAUGCAAGGUUGUCUGAAUGGCAAUCUUUGUCCAUUCCAGCAUUACUUUUGGCGCUAGACUUUACAUGUGUUAUUUGUCGGUUUGAAUAUUAGGCUCCGUUUCUGUAAAAUGAUAACUUCAGGAAAAAAUUCAGUUGGUUGAGUGAACUCAUAAAAAGUUAAUUUUCCCAUGUCUGGCAUUCAAUGGAAAAUACCCAAAAUUUUCAUGAUUUAUAAGA